CGAUAACUUAGAUUCUCCACUCCGCUGUUUACCUCCAUCAGGUACUUAGGUAGAGCCGACUUCACCAAGUCACGACCUGCGUCUCGUCAAGAUUUCAUGGAUUCAGAACAACCUGCCCUCAAGAAGUUACCUCACUGUACCUCGUGCUGACUCUAUUAUCUAUCACUGUCACCGAAACGGCUGGGUUUAACCUACCAUGUCAGCAAUAUGCGCCCUAAAGGGUGCCUUCACCCGCCGACCCUCACUAUGGGCUAGACCAUCAUCUCACAUCGCCUUUCGGUCACCCGUCUCACUGCAUCAACCGCUUUCUCGCUCGAGAACUUACUCUGUAAAUCAGUCCAGGGAAUCGAGCUUCCUUCAAGAUUAUUUCCAAGAUCAGAUUGAGAAGCCCAGAAGCCUAGAGAAACGCGAUCGCUCCAAGCAGACCAAAGAGGCUCACUUAACGGAUGGCACCGAUUUCGAUGACAGGGAAGAUGAGUUUUCGAGGAUACUGUCACCAAAGCAGGAGAAGCCGAAGAAGCCAUGGCUCAAGAAAAGAGAGGAGAGUAUUGCACGUCACGGCACGGCCAAAGCCGAUGCUAGAAGAAGCAGAAAGACUGCCCGCAACAUCGCCCUCCUGGAACAGGAAAUUCGCAUGCGGCACGCCGCUGGACGUCCCGAUAUCACAUCCGCCAUUGACCCUGAGCGAUCUGAACUUACACCCCGCACUGCAAAGGAAGCGAUUGCGCGCUGGCAGGAGUUGAAAGAGAAGGACGGCCAUCACCAACCAAAAGAGUCACGGGCUGUCAGGGCGCUGAAGAGAGACAUUAGACGGGAGGCCAAGGAGGCAAGGAUAUUCAUGGCAUCGCAGGCCGCUGAGAAGACUCGGGAACAGGAGUUGGAACAGGAAGAAAAGUUGGAGAAAUUGAAGGCAUCAAUGGCGCAACGCAAGAACGCCGAAUGGGAAGAGGAGGUGGUGCCGGUCAAGACUCGAGGGGAGGUUCCGACACAAGCACAAAAAAACGCUGUUCAGACGCCAGAAGAGCCUCAAGAAAACGACUCACCAGAAGAAACGGCCGAGAACCCGAACGAAUGGGAAGACGAACUGGACGAUGAAGCCGAAUGGGACGGUCAGGAGAAGCUGUCUGGAAUAGAGCGGCGGCGGAUGAAGCUCCUACUGCGGUUCAAGGAGGGUCUGCAGAAGAAGAUGGGCAUCCCAAUCGGCGACACAAAGCCGCAUCCACAGAUCGAUGCCAAAUGCGAGGUGUGGUUGCAUAAUAGGAUUAAGGCGGAAAAGGACCGGGCAAAGAGGAAGAAAGACCGGAUGGCGCGCGAGCAUCAAAAGUUUCUGAGGAAGCUAGCGAAGAAGGCAAGGAAGAACGCAAACUAGCCGGGAUGUGAAUGUGCGAGCUGGAGAUGAGGAGAUGCUGUCGACAACGGCUGUUCCUGACUAUUGAAGUGUAAGAUGGUACAGAACUGCUUACUUGAUUCAAACACCAUACAAUGUGGAAAAGUACAUUCUGUUCAUACAGG